AUGGAUUUUAUGCAACUGUUGUUAGAUCCUGUUUGUGUUGUGGCCAUUGCUCUAGCAUUGCUCAGCAUCCUGUAUGUACUCAAGGGAACAGGUAACAUUCCGCAUAUGAGGGGAGGUGGAGCUAUCUACGAGGUAGCAACAAACCUGAGACAACAAUAUGGAGAUGUGGUUCGGCUGAAACUUGGUCCAAUAAAUAACGUGAUAUUAAUCAUGGGGAAAGACAAGAUACAUAAAGCUGCGGUCACCAUGAAUGAUAAAUUCAAAUACAGACCUACAAAUUUCUUUGCCACGAAUUACAUAUCUAAGCAGAAAGGAAUCACUUUUUCAAAUGGCGAUGUUCAUGCAGCCAUUCGGAAGUUCACUCUUGGUACCAUGAGGGAUUUUGGAGUUGGUAAGAAAAGUCUCGAAGGGCGGAUGCAAGAAGAAGCAGGCAUGUAAGGAAUAAAUUUAAAUAC